CUGCCAAACGAAGCCAAGUCGCGACGGCGUGCGUACAUUUUCUUAUUUCCCAUUUCAAUCGACGUUCCGAGUGAUUAAUAGUAUGUUCCUGCAUUUGUUCAAUAAAAAUGUAAUGUCGUACAACGCUAUAACGGUAUUUUCGGUAUAUGAGGAUGGCAAGGGAUUCUGGUGAAACUAAGUGAAAAUGGAAAAGUACGAACAAUUAUCAAUAGUCGGUGAAGGUUCUUAUGGGUUGGUAAUGAAAUGCAGACAUCGAGAAACUGAUCAAAUCGUUGCGGUUAAAAAAUUUCUAGAGACUGAAGAAGAUGCAACAAUCCGAAAAAUGGCUCUUCGGGAAAUAAGGAUGUUGAAAAGACUGAAACAUGAAAACCUGGUAACGAUGAUAGAAGUUUUUCGACACAGAAAACGGUUUUAUUUAGUGUUCGAAUAUCUGGAAGGAACAGUCUUGGAUGAAUUAGAGAAAAUGCCGCAUGGUUUAGGGGAUGAAAGAUGUCGCGAAAGAAUAUUUCAAGUUACCAGAGGUAUCAGCUAUUGCCAUAGCAAUAAUAUAAUACACAGAGAUGUCAAACCGGAGAACGUUUUAGUGUCUUCACUGGGCGUAGUGAAGCUCUGCGAUUUUGGAUUUGCCAGAUUAAUCAGCGCUACAGGAGAAGCAUGUACUGAAUAUGUGGCUACAAGAUGGUACAGAGCUCCAGAACUACUGGUUGCGGAACCCAACUAUGGCCCUCCCAUAGACAUUUGGGCUAUAGGGUGUCUAUUUGCUGAAAUGAUGACAGGAGAUCCGUUAUUUCCAGGAGAAAGCGAUAUUGAUCAGUUCCAUCUGAUUGUUAAAUUACUAGGAAAACCUUGCUCUCGUCAUGAACAGCUUCUAUGUAAAAACACCGAAAUGAAGAGCGCCAUUAAAGUUCCCGUUGAAAGCAACAUAGGAUUCUACAAACACUUUUCCACUUGGCCAACCCUCACAAUAGAAUUCCUCGAAGGCAGCAUGAACAUGGAUCCCCAGCAAAGGCUCUCAGCCGACGAUUUACUGAAACACCCUUAUUUCACCCAUGAUAUGUUCCCUCAGCGAUUUUUACCGGCUCUUAGAGACAAGGUGAACAUCGAACUCAAUAGUCCGCUACUGAGGAAAUUCAAGACUGAAAUUCUGAUGGCUACUGACAAGAAGGACGAAUCUAAGAGGAAAAUGCCUCAGAAAGAUUCGAAGUGGAGGUUUUCCUUCGCAGAAGGUACCAUGAAGAGGAAGCUGAGCAAUGAAAUCAUGAACAACGAAUCAUUGAGUGACAAAAAUCUCAUAUCACUGACGAAAACUGCACAGCGACUGAACGUCUUACAACAGAGAUCUUCCCAAAAGCAGUCCUCGUUUUCGAAAGAUAAGUCCGGGAAAAACCUACAGACUAAUAGCAAUUCCUCGGAACUGCAAAUGAUGGAGAAGUCAUUGGAGAGCUUGAUCAAAUUCAAUAAACACCCGUCUGGCAAUCAGAAAGAUGAUUCGUUUCUCCCCGAUACCUCCCCUCCAACAUCUUUCCAUUUCGAAUAUGGCGACUACAGCAGAUCUCCCAACAGCCAGACUGUUUUGCAUCCAAGUAUAAAUAACAUCAGCUUCAGUAGAGACCCUCUGAAAAAAUCGCCUAAUGUCCUCCACAACAUAAGUAGUACCAACACAAAACCAGUCCAAGUACCGCUCCUGACGAAUCCUAGAACACAGUUUCUGAAGAAGUUGGAGAGGAAUGUGGUCGUAGAAAAUAUCUUUGGCACCGGCGAUCAGACGCAUGUUUGGAACAAUGGUCCUAUUUGGUUGAACAGUUUUACCACAAGUUUCUAUAAGAAGAAAGAGGCGAAAACCAAGACUGACGAUUUCAGCUUACCAAAUUUACCAGGAG